UAAACAAACAUACGAGUCCGGCCUUUCAUAUCGCCUCUCCUCUUCCUGCGGUGUGACCUGUGCUGCUGCUAUCAUCUCCGGCAACACAAAAAAAUGCCGACGGCCAGAGCAGAAACCUACACGCUCUCCACUUCCAAGGCGUUUGCUCUGCACUCGCUUUGCGUACUCGCCCUAGCUUCUGCUUUUUGGAUCGCUCGAAACGUACACGCCUCCAAUCUCAUCUCCAAUCCCACCCAAACCCUCCGUCUCCUCUGGGCGAUUGAAAGCCCGAUCGUGAUUUUCGGUUACAGCUUUCUUCGACGAAAUCCCGAUCAUUGCUCGUAUUGGAAGGCGGUCGGACGGGGAAUUUUAGGACUUCCUGCAGGGGCUCUACUAAAUGCCUUCGGAGCUUUUAUUUUGGGUGCACCUAUUCGGAUUGAGUACCUAACAAAGACUAUUAACUGGUCCCUUCUCAUGUCAUUGUUCACUUUUGUCCCAGCUGCUUCUGUUUUUGGCUCCUCAUGGAAGGAUUGGCAACGUCUUUUUGCACAUUCUAAACCAAUUGGAGGUGUUGACUAUAUGAUCAGUCUUCCGGCACAUGGAGCUGUUAUUGGUGCAUGGUUUGGGGCUUGGCCUAUGCCACUUGAUUGGGAACGGCCAUGGCAGGAUUGGCCGAUUUGUGUCAGCUACGGUGCUAUUGCUGGAUAUCUGUUUGGGACAUUAGCAUCUUUGAUGUUCGUUCAUGUGAUCGGUAGACGACAACAUAUCAAAGGAGAUUAAUUAUGGAACGAAUGAAUGUUUUUGGUUUUUUUAUUUCAAUUUUGAUCUCUUUGAAUUCUUGUUGCUUGUUGACCUUAGGAAAAAAAAAGAAGGAGAGUUCAUUUUUGAACUUACAAGAAAAGGAAGAAAAAAAUCAUGUCAUUUUUA